ACAGUCAUUAUAAACAGCACACUGCUUUAAACGAGCCUAUUUAACUGUGGACAAGUUUAACUACUUAAGUUUACCAGCUACACGUAAUGUUACAUGUUACUAACGUAUAGAUCUAAUUACUGGUUAACGUUAUAGAGUUUAGUCGACAGGACUGAAGGAAAGUAUAGUAGUCUAACGUUAUAAGCUAACAGCUAACGUUACAGAUGUUAGUGCAGCAUGCUGGAGGAGAUGGAGACAACUUUACAUCCUCGCAUCUUUGUGGACAAAACUCUGGCUCUGAUUAAACCAGAUGCCAUCCACAAGGCUGAGGAGAUUGAGGACAUCAUCCUUAAAUCUGGCUUCAUUAUCCUGCAGAAGCGGAUGCUGCAGCUGAGUCCAGAGCAAUGCAGUGACUUCUACGCAGACCAGUAUGGAAAGCUCUUCUUUCCCAGCUUGACUGCCUUCAUGAGCUCCGGUCCCGUUGUUGCCAUGACACUGGCCCGUGAAAACGCCAUCGCCCACUGGAAGUCCAUCAUCGGGCCGGUCAACAACACCAAGGCCAAAGAAACUCAUCCAGAGUGCCUUAGAGCAAAAUAUGGCAUUUCAGACCUUAGAAACGCACUCCAUGGCAGCGAUUCAUUUCCAGCGGCUGAAUGGGAGAUCAAAUUCAUGUUCCCAAACUCUGUAAACGAGCCCUUUCCCUCGAAAGAUGCCACCAAAGAAUACCUGAGCAGGCAUGUAAACCCGACUCUGCUGCGUGGACUCACUGAGCUCUGCAAGCACAAGCCCCUCAACCCCGGUAUUUGGCUCGCUGACUGGCUGAUCAACAACAAUCCAAACAAGCCUCGAUUAUCUGAUGGAGCUAUUGUGGAACAAGCAGAAUGACAACAUGGGAAAAAAAGAGGGACGAAUACAUAAUAUCAAAUGUUAAUUUUUUAAACUAUGAUGGAAUUAAAUGUCUUUUCAGCACUAAUCAUCUGUUUUCAGGUAAAGCUGGCCUAUUUAUAAACCAUUUGUUCUUCCGUUAACACUUCUUUAAAGGGUGUGAUUUGAUUCAUAACCCAACAUUAAAAUUCAACAGGUUUAUUAUAAGAACACU